AGGAUGCUUCUAUGUUGGCUGAGACAGGGACUAGGGGACCAGAGGGCAUUAUUUCUGGGUGUGAGAGCGGUUGCCACCCUCACCACAGGAACAUCAGCCGUUCCAGCACCACCAGCAAGAACUACAAAAAGGACACUACCAGAAUGUGUGGCAUCAAAAAGAAGCUUUAGAACAUCCGCAAUAAGGACAUCUGAAGCCGAUACAGCCCCAUCCUCCCCAACUCCACCUUCAUCGUCUGGCAAAGGAAAAAAAGGAGGCCUCAAACCCAAAAAAAAGAAAGGGAAACGGCCUUCAUCAACGGCAGCAUACUUGCAGUCGCGCGCGGCGCAGUUGUCAAGGCACGAAGCUGCUGCUAAAGAAGCCAAUUUGCCGUGGCGCAUCGUGGCUGCAAGUAUUGUGGAACGUCAUCCCAUCAUCAUGAAAGAACCCGAGGACUGGGAGGCUGCGUACAUGGAAAUGCAAGAGGAGAUCGCAAAGCAUGGCAAGGUCUUUCCCCCGGAGCUGAAUCUGAUGGGCCAAGCCGCUGAGCUCGAUCGAUCCGACGACGAAGUCCUGCCCGAGCUCCCUUUCAAGCUCGCCCCCAGGGUGACGAAGGCGGACCGUCUCAACGACCGGACGACGCUAAAUCGUGCCUUGGCAGAACGUCUGUUCCUCCUGAUCCGAGGACCCGUGACGCGGGGAAGGUGGGACUUGCCCAUGGCCGUCUUGGAGGGCGGGGGAAAGGGCGGGGACAUGAAGGGGCUAUCCAUGAGAAAGACGCACGAGGCAACGGUCAGAAGAUUUUUGGGGGAUAAAUUCGAGGCUUAUGUGCCGUCCAACGCCCCCGUGGGCAUGCACUGGCGGGUUCCUUCCGAGCCGAGCACUGGGAAGACAGGAGGGGAGCAGACUUACGGCGACAAGGUCUUCUUUUACAGGGCACAGCACCUGAAAGGGCGGGGCAAAGUCGUGGGAGAGGGAGUGGAGGAAUUCGUGUGGGUAACGAGGGAGGAGAUGGGCGAGUACUUGCCCCAGGCGUCGGUGGAAGAGAAGGAAUAUGCCGAGUUGCUGACGAACAUAUUGUAGAAGAGGGGGGGGAGGUAGGUAGCACGUAGACGAACCCGCAGUCAGGUCUGACUCAAAGCAUAAAGGGGCAGCACUGGAUGCACCGCUCGCGAGAUUAAGCAAAG